GGUUGAUUUGUGUCCCUAGUUGGUCAGGGGUGCAGUCUGUGCCAUGGCCUGGGCCUGAGCCGCCAGAUGGCGGCAGACAGCGAGGAGCACCGGGACAAAGAGGAGAAGAAGAAGGAGAAAAAGAAGAACAAAGUCACUUAGCCAGCCCACGGUCAGACACCUGCACGAUCACUCCUUUUGAACGAGCACCAUGCACGGAGCUCGCUGUGCUUUACAGUCAGCGGAUCGCCUUAGGAAAAGGAGAAGAGCAAGGAUGGCAAGAAGGAAAAGAAGCGGAAAAAUGCUGAACCAGAAGGUGGUGAUACUGCAGGCAAAAAGAAGAAGGAGGAGGAGAGCGAGCUGAUGGACGUCAAGGUGAAGGCGGUUACGCCUGCCUUCAUGGCCUUCAAGCCCGUGCAGGUUAUACGAAAAUCAGGGGCCUCAGAGGCAAGCCAGCCUGAGGCCAAGGUCAAACCGAAAGAUACAGAGAAGGAGAAGGAGAAGGAGAAGGACAAAAAGGAAAAGAAGGCCAAAGAUGCCAAGGAUGACGGCAAGGCUUCCACUGACUCGGCAAAAGCUGGUGGAGAAGCUUCAGCUUCAGGCCGCAAGCGCCUGGACAUCGGCAAUGUCGAUGAGUUCAGGAAGCAGCUGGCAGCACAGAGAGAUCAGCUCAGGCUUUGGAUUAUCAAAGCCAAGCAGGACUGGGAAGAGAAGCAUGAGCAGAAGGGCCACAGAGGAGAAACCAAUGACCAAGAGUAUUACAUUGCGUCCACUGGCGAAACUUUGGGCCCUGGCCGCGAGUAUUGCGCGGAAGCUAGCAUCGGAAGAGGUGUCUUUUCCAGCGUCUUCCGGUGCAAGCACGUCAGCUCAAAGACGGACUAUGCGCUGAAAUUUGUCCGGUCGAACAAGAUGAUGCGCAAAGCAGCUGAGAAAGAGGUGGAGACCUAUCGACGCCUUGCAAAGCUGGCCGCAAAGGAGGAUGCGGAGGGCGCGCAAUAUAUCAUGCUGCUCUCUCCGCCAGAGACGUUCGAACACCAAGGCCAUUUGUGUCUAGUCUUUGACCUUCUGAAGUGCGACCUGCGAACUGCGCUCUCAAAGUAUGGUCAAGGCAAGGGCCUUCCGUUGCAGACAGUGGCGCAGUAUGCCAGGCAAAUCUUCCUGGCCCUUCGCUGUUUAAGAAAGAUCAAGCUCAUCCAUGGUGAUCUGAAGCCGGAUAACGUGCUUAUGACCUUGAGCAAGACAGAGAUCAAGCUUUGCGACUUUGGCUCAGCCAUGGACGUGGGCGAAGCAGUGAAGACUGCGUAUUUGCAGCCUCGGUUCUACCGAGCGCCUGAAGUCAUCCUUGGCACUGGGUAUGAUACACAGAUUGACCUUUGGAGCUUGGGCGUGACGCUGUUCGAACUGGCCAGCGGCAAAAUCCUCUUCACGGGCAAGACGAACAACUCCAUGAUUCGUCAGAUGUUGGAGGUGUCCGGUGCCUUCUCGAAGAAGAUGGCCACGAGUGGUGAAUUUUCGGCAAAGCACUUUAACUCUGAAGGCGAGUUUCUCCUGAAGGAUCCAGACUCAAUCACGGGAAUUCGAGAUGUCUUCCCGAUGAAGAAGUAUGAGAAACCGAGACAGCCAGUGAGCGGGAUGCUGGAGCAAAUCUUCAAGAAUCCUCCGCCAAACUCGGACCCAAAGACACAGGAGAGGCUCAUGCCUCGCUUGGCUGACCUCGUGUCAAAGCUGCUCCGCGUGGAGCCAGCAGAUCGCUUCACGCCCGAGCUCGCAUUGGCUCAUCCCUUCUUCCAGAAGGACAAGUGAAGCCAGCGAGACGGCUUUGCCAAACUGAGGCUGUGAGGCUAGAAGGCCCUGGGUCCAGCCAGCCUAGCUCAGAUAAUUCACCCUUCAGGGCAGCCUGCCUUCCGCAUUAGCUGUCAACAGCCCGAUCAAACUUUUUCCAACCAGACACGGCGUGUUUUUGUCCAUGCUGGUUGGCACUUGUGCCAUUUAAAAGGUUUGGUGGGGCCUGCACUAACGCAGCUGGCACCGUCAGCAUCCCCAGUGCCCAGUGCUCCGGACA